UAAUCUCUUUCCGCGUGCUGUUUCGUUGACAUGGCGUUUCGUAGUCGAACCAGCCUUUUGUUUCGUUCUUCUCUCAGCGCUUUUAGAACGGUAGCAGCUAGGAGAACAUUUACUUCUCGUUUCAAGGAAAGUGGGUCCUAUUUUAAAUUCGCUGGACCUGUUCUGAUCGGUGCUUCGGCUGCUACUGCAGGACUAUUUGCUGCAAAUCAAUUGUACAGGAACAAUUUUACCCUCAUUGGAAAUGUUCACGCCGCAACAAAGGUUGAAGGCCAAGGUAAAUCAGAGAGAACCUUUAUCAUGGUCAAACCUGAUGGAGUCCAGCGGGGUUUGGUUGGAGAAAUUGUCAAGCGCUUUGAACAGAAAGGAUUCAAAUUAGUAGCAUUGAAAUUUAUGAAGGCGGACGAAGCCCUUCUGAAGGAACACUACGCAGACCUUAGUCAUCUGCCAUUUUUUCCAGGCCUGGUGAAACAUAUGUCCAGUGGACCAGUUGUGGCCAUGGUUUGGGAAGGUCUUAAUGUUGUGAAGACAGGACGCCGUAUGCUUGGAGAAACAGAUCCAGCAAAUUCUUUGCCAGGAACAAUCCGUGGAGACUUUUGUAUCCAGAUUGGAAGGUAAGCUGCUUACCCUCUGAACAUGUCGAAAGACGAGCGAACCUUCCUUAUGAUCAAACCAGAUGCUGUUCACAGAGGACUGAUAGCAGAUAUCAUUAAAAGAUUUGAACAGAAAGGGUUCAAAUUAGUCGCCAUGAAAUUUGUCAAGGCGAGUGAAGAACUCCUUAAAAAGCAUUACGAAGAACUGGCAAAGAAACCAUUCUAUAAUGGCCUUGUGAAAUAUAUGGGAUCAGGCCCUGUUGUGGCAAUGGUGUGGGAAGGACAAGGUGCUGUUUCAACAUGCAGAGCUAUUCUUGGAGAAACAGAUCCAGCAAAAUCUAAGCCAGGUACAGUGAGAGGAGAUUUUUCCAUUCACAUUGGCAGGAACAUCUGCCAUGGCAGUGAUUCAGUGGACACAGCAAACAGAGAAAUUAAGCUCUGGUUUAAAGACGAGGAGCUUGUUGAUUGGGAGCCAGAAAUGGCAAAAUGGAUUUAUGAAUAAAAAGUCUCCUGAGUUGGGUGAAGAGUAAAACAAUGAAUUUAAAUAAAGUUUCAUCAUUUUGAAUGGUA